AUACCGAGAAAAUUAAUUAUAUGGGUAUGGGCGAGUACCCAUGGGGCCGAUUGACCUAAACCCAAAUCCAACCCGGUGAAUAGUGAACGAGUUUAAACCCAAACCCGGCCCAAAACCCGACAACACGAAUUUUACCCGCGUUGACCAGAUUAGGUCGGGUGGGUACCCGUGGGUUUGGGUUUUGUUGCCAUCCCUAGUAGGGGAUAUGAUCCGGUUCGGUUAAAUUGGCCAAAUUGAUCCGGUCCAGUCCGGUCUUUUUGAAAAUACAAGGACCAAAGAUUGGAUUGGAUACAGUCCGGUCUUGAUCCGGUCCAGUCUUGACCCGGUCCGGUCCCAAUUCGGUCUUGAUUUUUUAUUGAGCUUGUGGGGAUUUGAGUGGCCUAAAAGGCCUGAAAGGGUGAUGAGUUGGUUAAGUUUUGUACUAAGUGCAAAUGUUUGUGACCGUUUAUGCAAAUUACACUUAAGAAUUUUGGUGUUGAGCUCUCUUAUUCGGUCUUUAUCCAAUUUUCGAUCCGAUCUCAAACGGUUUUUUACCUCAAAUCUAAGCCCAAAGAUUGAAUUAGAUUGUUUACUAUCCGGUCCCGGUCCGGUCUCGAUUCGAGUUAUACGGUCCAGUUUCGGGUAAAACCAAAAAACCCAGACCAAAUAGCCAGCACUAAUCCCUAGCUGCCAAAACCCCGAAAAACCCUCUCGUUAAACCCUUCGCCGUCCUUCAUCCCUUCCUCCUCCUCUCCAAUUGCACAAUGUAUAGACUCCAUCGCAGCGCCCUCGCGAAAACCCUCCACUACCGCUUCUUCUCUCAGUCGGCCGCCGCCAUCAUCGAAGAGCCAGCAAUCCAAGCACCAAUCACCUACCUCGAAGGGUUCCCGAAGCCCGGCCCCGCCGAGCAGAUUCUCGCCAUCCCUCGAGCUUCUUCCGGGAAGAACAUUUCCGCCAAGGAGAGGAAAGUCGGGAGGGUGCCCGCUAUCAUCUUCGAGCAGGAAGACGGGCAGCAUGGUGGUAAUAAGCGGUUGAUCUCGGUGCAGUCGAAUCGCAUCAGGAAUCUGGUAGAUAAGGUUGGGAGGUCGUUCUUCUUGUCGAGGCUUUUCGAUCUCGAGGUCAGGACCGAUUUUGCGAAGGAGGAGGAGAUUAUUGAGAAAGUCCGCGUCUUGCCGAGAUUGCUUCAUUUGCACUCUGGAACUGAUGUUCCCCUCAACGUUACCUUCAUAAGGGCACCUCCUGAGGCUCUGUUGAAAGUUGAUAUUCCUCUGGUGUUUAUAGGCGACGACGUCUCUCCUGGUCUGAGGAAAGGUUCAUACCUGAAUGUGAUUAAGAGGACGGUGAAGUUCCUCUGCCCACCAGAUAUUAUCCCACCAUAUAUCGAAGUAGACCUGAGCGAAUUGGAUGUUGGCGAAAAAUUACUGGUGGGUGAUCUCAAAGUUCAUCCAGCAUUGAAGCCCAUAAUGCAGGAAGAACAGCCAGUUGUGAAGAUUGCUGGAGCCCGUGUUUCGGACCAAAAGAGAGCAAAAUAAAGCAUCCCUACUAGAUAGUUAGCAAACAGCUGUUGUGUUUGAAUCUUGUGGACCACAGCUCUCCAACAUGGAGCAGUGUUUUUAGCAACAUUAGGUUUUUCAGUCGCAUAACCUGGAUUAGGUAGCGGGUGGGAGCAAAGUAAGAUUGCAGGGGAGAGCUAAAGCCAUGUUUUGUGUAGGAUGAACUUACUCCUUCCAUCAUCUUUGAUCCUAUAUUUAUUAUCAAAACCUUAUUUUGUAAACAAGCUGUCUGAGACAAAUUUCAGUAAUGAAAAUUGUUACCAAGUUAUAUCAGACCGUUGAUCAAGAUGGAUCAAGUAGUUAAAGGUCGUCACCCCUGACGAGUCAAAUUCAGAUCGAAUUAGCAAAAUCUAAAGAGAUGAAAGAUGGAGUUUACAACUACAAUUACAACCACAAUGCUACAUAUGAAGCUUCGUCACUUUUCCUGACAAAGAUCAGAUUAAAAGUUCCGACUCUAA